CACAGACCUUCCGACCCCCGAUCUGACAUAUAUCGUUCACUCUCCAAUCAGAGGAUCGCCCUUGCAUGUAACUGACCGUCCUCUGCCUCGUAGGAACAACCCCCGUUAGACUCGUUAAGUGAUAGCCCCAGCGUGCUGAGUGACUACCAUGCCGAAGAAAUCCUCCCCUAUGAAGCGGGUGAUUCGCCUUUCCCAGAGGUCCGCGCGGUCGUCCGGCCGGUCGACGACCAGAUUCUCCCGGUCAACACGGUGCGCAUGUGGGUGAUUGGUGUUGUCUUUACCAUAGUAGGAAGCGGUCUAAACCAAUUCUUUAGCUUGCGACAGCCGAGCGUAACCAUCAGUGCAUUAGUCGCACAGCUGCUGGCCUAUCCGAUCGGAUGCGCUUGGGCACAGUGGGUGCCGCUGGGCUGGAUGAAUCCGGACCGCCAUUUCAACAUCAAGGAGCAUGCCCUGAUCACGAUCAUGGCCAAUGUUUCCUUCGGAUCAGCGGCAGCCACUCAGAUGAUCGAGGCGAUGGUCAAAUUCUACGGUAUGCCUUCACAGGGGGGAUUCGAAAUCUUGCUGGUGAUCACAAGUCAACUGUUCGGAUUUGGCCUGGCCGGCAUGGCCUCACGCUGGCUAGUGGGCCCGGCAACCAUGAUCUGGCCGCAGGUGCUAUCAAAUGCAGCCCUACUUUCGACACUACAUUCGCGCAAAAAUCUCGUUGCCGACGGGUGGAUCAUCAGCCGACUCCGCUUCUUCCUGAUUGUUUUUGUUUUGGGGGCCAUCUGGUACUUUGCUCCGGGCUACCUCUUCUCCGCCCUCAGCACCUUCAGCUUCAUCUGUUGGAUUGUGCCCGACAAUGUAGUCGUGAACCAGCUAUUUGGUCAGGUGACGGGACUGGGAAUGUCCCUGUUGACCUUCGACUGGGCCCAGGUCGUUUAUGCGAACCAAAGCCCACUCUUGGUGCCCUUCUGGGCGGGUCUCAAUGUCAUGGGCUCGUUCGUCUUGUUUUAUUGGGUGAUCUGUCCGGUUAUCUACUACACCAACACCUGGUACUCGGCUUAUCUGCCCAUCCUCAACUCGAAUACCUUUGACAACACCGGCAAGACCUACAACACCACCCGUGUAAUGAACCCGGAUGGGUCCUUCAAUGUAGACGCUUACCGGGAUUACUCCCCCAUGUUUCUGCCUGCCGGGUACGCUUUGACGUAUGGCAUUGCGUUUGCUAACCUCACCGGGAUCUUCUUCCAUGUGGCAUUGUACCAUGGAAAGGAUCUGAUUGAACAGUGGAAAGGGCGUGAUCAAAAGGAUGUCCAUUCUCGGAUCAUGGAGACCUACAAGGGUGUUCCUUGGUGGUGGUUCGCUGCCGUCACCGUCCUUAUGUUUGUGCUGAGCAUUGUGACCAACGAGGUCUGGCGGACUGGUUUGCCGGCAUGGGCCGUGCUGGUGGCGUUUCUUCUCCCCAUCAUUUACUUUAUUCCUGUGGGAAUCAUCAAGGCCGUAACCAAUAUCUCCAGCAACCAGCUCAAUCUAAUCACCGAGUUUAUCGGCGGGUAUGCGUUCCUCGGCCGUCCGGUCGCAAACAUGACGUUCAAAUUCUACGGCUAUGUAGCCGUGUCGCAGGGGUUAGAGUUUGUGGCGGAUAUGAAAUUGGCUCAUUAUCUCCACAUUGCGCCCCGGACGCUCUUCAUUGCACAGGGGAUGGCCACGCUCAUCGGAGCCGUGGUGCAGUGCGGUGUGACGGUGUUCAUGAUCACACGGAUCCACAGUGUGUGUACACCUAAAGCCGCAGGGGGGUUUAGUUGUCCUCAUGGGGCGGUCACCUACUCCUCCUCCUUGAUCUGGGGAGCCCUGGGACCCGAACGGAACUUUUCCCCAGGCCACAUCUACGGCAACCUGCUAUGGUUCUUCCUGGUCGGUCCGGUGGUAGUGGUUCUCACGUGGCUGUUGGGCCGGCGGUGGAAGAAAUUCAAUUACCUCUCCUGGCCGGUAGCCUUCGGCGCCAUGAGCCUGGUUCCUCCCGCGACUGGCAUCAAUUUUUCAUCUUGGUGGGUGGUCAAUGUCAUUUUCAAUGGAAUUUUGAAGCGACGGAAACCGGCCUGGUGGUCUAAGUAUAACUACGUGCUGUCCGCUGCCCUCGAUGCCGGAGUCGCCGUUGCGACGGUCACCAUUUUCUUCUGCAUCACCCUGCCGGCGGGCAAACUGAACUGGUGGGGGAAUUCGGUGUAUGAUCAAACCACGGAUGCUCAUGGCACCCCUUAUCUACCCUUGCCUGCAGCAGGUUACUUUGGGCCUGCCAGAGGGACUUGGGAAUGAUACCGAAUGGGUUUCUUCUUGGAUGUGUUGUGUACUUAAGUUAGUCAGUGUGUGUAUGUACAUAGAUAGACGGAUCGAAUCGAC